AUGGCUGGUCAAGAGACGUUGACCCAGCUCGAUCCUAGUGGUGAAAAUGUUGAUCCAAAUACUUUCGGACAAAUCUUGGAAAUGGACGACGACGAAGAGGAGCGUGAUUUCUCGAGAGGUAUUGUUUAUGGCUUUUUCGAGCAAGCGGAAGAAACCAUCAAGAAACUGGACAAAGCGAUCGCCAAUAAAGACCUUGAAGCUUUAUCGUCAUUAGGUCACUUCCUCAAAGGUUCUUCCGCAACCCUAGGUCUCAGCAAAGUACGAGAUUCCUGUGAGAAGAUACAGCAUUUUGGCCAGGGUAAAGAUGCAGCUGGAAAUCCAGAUCAGCAUGAUAGCGAGUACUUUUUGAACCUCAUAGGACAGACAACUCAACGAGUCCGGGAGGAUUAUGCUACUGCAGAGAAGAUCCUCAAGAAAUUCUUCAAAGAUGAAUAG